AUGCCCCCGCCACCGCCGCCUCCCCCGGGCGCUGUCGAGUCACCCUUCCUUUCGAGCUUCCACCACCACCACCACCACCAUCUCCACCAUCUACACCACCACCUCGACCAGGACCGUGGCGGCGGUGACGCUGGUGGCAGUGGCGGUGGCAGUGACGCCAGCACCGCCGGCGGCAACGCCUCUGCCUCAUCCCGCCUCUCGCUGCACGUGCUGAUGUCCCCGGCUGAGGCGUCGCCCCGGCCCGCCACCCUGUCGCUCAGUGGGCUGUCCGGCCUGCCGGGCUCGCCGGAGCCCUCGUCGCCGGUGGCCCGGGUGUCCUUGGGCCGCGGCCGUGGCCCCGACUCGCCGCGCCUGUCUGCUGCAUGUGGCUCCGGCGGCGGCGGCGGCGGCGGCGGCGGCGGCGGCCCCGGGUCUGCCCUCGGGUCGCCACUGCUGCUGGCCGAGUCAGGCCCGAGCCGAGGGGGCCUCGGUGCGGCGACUGCGGCUGCCCACUCGUCCGACCUGUUCCACGGUGCCAGUGCCUUCUGCCAGCCGACCCCUCGGUCACCGAGCAUCCAAAACCUUCACCACCACCACCACCACCACCAUGGCGGACCCCCGGCGGCCUCCAAGGAGGACUAUCACCCGCACCACCCGCACCACCACCUGGCGGCAUCCGGCAGCUCGUCGAUCGAGUUGCCCAUGGCCGGCUUGGUCCCGGCGCACAUCCACUUUGCCGGGGUGGACAGCGAGCCCGGGCCCCGGCGCGGAAGCGACCCCGGCGGCGAGGAUGGUCGGCGCUUCUUCAAGUUCGGCUCGCUCUUCGGGACGUCUAGCACCAUGCGCCCGGCGCCGGCCGACUCGACGUCGACCCUGCGCAGUCGCGCGCCCGGGCCCCGGUGGCAGGCGCCCCGCUGGACGCGCAAGCUCAGCAGUCGUGCCCUGUCGCUGCCCUUUGUCUCGCGUGCCAAGCGCACCCUGAAGAAGGGCCUCUCGGCCACCGGCAGUGUGGUGUCCGGCUCAGCUGGGCGGCUUGUUUCGCCCAAGGUGGCCGAUAUGCUCAAGCUCUUGGCAAUCAUCAUCUGCUGGUACUCCUCGAGUACCCUGACCAACCACACGGGCAAGAAGAUCCUCACAAUGUACCCGCGGCCAGUCACCCUGACCGUGUGCCAGUUCACCCUGGGCGCCAUCUACAUGCCGAUCUUCGCCUACCUCUUCAAUGCCCUUGUGGCCAAGACCGGCGGCUGGGGCUUUGCCUUUCCCUUUUCACAACGCGGCUCCGGCAUGCGGCCGGUCGCGCCGCCGGUCCGGGCCAAGGACGACCCACCCAUGUCCUCAUCCUCGGUUGCCAUGGCCACCGCCGGGCUUCCCCCCCCCAUGACCGCCACGGACCAAGAGCAGCCUGGCGGCGCCUUCUGCCCGCUGAACACCGAGGAGUUUUCCGUGCCGCCGCCCUCGGCCAGCGGCCUGCUGCCCCCGCCGUACCACCUCCACCACCACCACCACCACCACCACCAACACUACCCCUCGGCUGGGCACCACCACCACCCUCACCAUGGGUACCAGCAGGGGGCCGGCCUGCCCGGGCCCGGGACCGGCCAUCGCCAGCCCCCGACCCCGUCGGCCGUGGUCGCCGAUGACCGCCUGCUCCUGGCCAUUCCCAACCGGCAGACGCUCUUUUUCGUCAUCCUCCCGCUGACGGCCUUCAAUGUGGUUGGCCACAUGUUCUCGGCCUUGGGCAUCUCCAAGGCCUCUGUGGCGUUGGUCCACACGAUCAAG